CCAUUACUUUGUAACAGCUCGUGUUCUACUCGAAGUACCUGUUCGAAAUUGUCUAUAACAUCUCGCAUUGCUGCGAUUCACUUACAUCACUUCACCCCUUUAUAUUACCCUGAACUACCGCUGUAUCUAACGGCUAUAUCGAAUCUUUCGUCAUGGAUCCACUAUCAAUUCUCUCUAGACGUGUCCGCCUCGGAUGGGGUUCAGGCCCGUUGCCGUUCGAGAACGUUUACAACCGCGGACGUCGUGUAGUCAUUUCCGUCCCUGCCGCUAGGUACACGGCCAGAAGGUUCCUCCGCGUGCAGAGCCCCUAUGUGAUACGCCCUCCAAGCCAGCAUCUGGUGCUGUAUCUCAUGACCCAAGAAGGCGUGGAUUUGUUCCCCGAACGGUGGGACUCCGCCGUUGGUACCAUUCGAAGCAUGUCUGAACUGGAUCCCGAUAGAAUGGAAGGCUUAGAAUUCCACGGACUCACGAACAAAUUGGCAAUUGAUGACAAAUUUGACGCCGAUGGCGACAUUAUCAUGACCGAUUCCGCCCCUAUUUCUAUCACUUCCAUGGACGACGACCCUAUGGACAUCGACACACCUAGUGAUGAUGACCCUAUGGACAUCGUCCCAUUUAGGCAUAUUGAUACGCCUCCCACCCUUCCUCCUUGGGCUAAUAGCCCCAAAUUGAUGGUCCCGAACAUCAACUCCAUCGCUGUCGCCACGGCCAGCCGUCCUUUCCCCCCAAUGGACAUUGCAAUGCCUGGUGAUCACCCACUUGAGAGAAUAACCGAAUACAACACACCGAUCAAAGCACCCCAACUAAAGCAACUUGUAUUCGGCUUAGAGCAACUCUCGCUCGUGGGUCUCCACACGAAACGCAAACUCGAAAACGACACAGACUCCCCCGAGGAGGAUGCACAGCAACCACAACGCAAGAUCAAGAAAGUGACAAGGAGACCGUCGCUCGAGUGCAAGAAAUUCUUGUCGGUCCCCAAGGCUAACGGCCGAGUACCGCGGCCCCGGAGACUGCGGUACAGCCGGGCGGCCGUCUCUAGUACACCAUCGCUUGAGCCCAUGCCACUUAUUAAGGUUACGGAUCCCGACGGCAAUGUUACAUAUCCGUUUGACUCUGAGGAAGAAUAGAGGCUUUCAUCUUCGAUUUAUCGGCUUGGCGGGAUAUCUUAGAGGGCAUCAAGGCGCAAUGUUGUUGAUUUGGAUAUAAUGAUUAGGGCUCGCAAGCCCGGAUAUGUUGACAGGAUCACGAUGGUUGGAAAGAUGGAUGCAUUUGUUAGAACUGGAAAAUGGUGGAGCUUACAUGGAAUACAUUAUAAGCCCCGGGGCUUCACUGGAUUGUAUCGGUUGCUUGGUUGGAGUCUGGGAGUCUUUGGUGGAAUAUAUUUUAAGCCUCGGGGCUUCACUGGGCUUUGUGCCCCUAUUGGGAAGAUAUUGGUAUACGAGAAAAGGAUAUUUGGAAACAUUGGACUGGAUUUCUAUUGGAUUGACGGUUU